UUCUUUUUUCUGUUGAGUAUUGACAUUCAAGGUGCCUUAGUUUUUAUCAUUAAAUAUUUUGUUUUUCAAUUCAUAGUCUAUAAAUUGGGUAUUUAGUAGUGAUUGCUGAUAUACAGACAGCAGCUGAGGUCUUUCCCAUUUCAUUGUUUUCUUGAUUUGCAUUGUUGGAGUAAGGAAGGAAGGAAGGAUGUCUUACUCUCUGGUGACCGAUUUGAUCAAUUUAGACCUCAGCGAUUGCUCCGAGAAGGUUAUUGCAGAGUACAUAUGGAUCGGCGGAUCAGGCAUGGAUAUCCGCAGCAAGGCCAAAACCUUGCCGGGACCUGUUUCUGAUCCAAAGGAUCUCCCUCAAUGGAAUUAUGACGGAUCCAGUACCGGACAAGCCCCUGGAAAGGAUAGUGAGGUCAUUUUGUACCCUCAAGCUAUCUUCAGAGAUCCAUUCCGUAGAGGAAAAAAUAUUUUGGUGAUCUGUGAUACAUACACCCCAGCUGGUGAGCCCAUCCCCACCAACAAACGGGCAGCUGCUGCCAAAAUCUUUAGCAACCCAAUUGUCGCUGCCGAGGAAACAUGGUAUGGGAUAGAACAAGAAUACACGCUUCUGCAGAAGGAUGUGAAUUGGCCACUGGGGUGGCCUGUGGGUGGUUUCCCUGGUCCCCAGGGGCCCUACUACUGCUCUAUUGGGGCUGAUAAAGCCUAUGGCCGUGAUAUUGUGGACGCCCACUACAAGGCAUGUCUAUACGCUGGCAUUAACAUCAGCGGUAUUAAUGGAGAGGUCAUGCCUGGUCAGUGGGAAUUCCAAGUUGGUCCGUCUGUUGGAAUUUCAUCAGGCGAUCAAGUGUGGGCAGCUAGAUACAUUCUUGAGAGAGUUGCAGAAGCUGCUGGUGUUGUAGUCUCAUUCGACCCCAAACCUAUUCAGGGUGAUUGGAACGGUGCUGGUGCUCAUACAAAUUAUAGCACAAAAUCUAUGAGGACCGAUGGUGGAAUCAAUGUGAUCAAGAAGGCCAUUGAAAAGCUGGGGCUGAAGCACAAGGAGCACAUUGCUGCAUAUGGAGAGGGCAAUGAGAGGCGUUUGACUGGCAAACAUGAGACAGCAGACAUCAACACAUUUUCCUGGGGUGUUGCUAAUCGUGGGGCAUCUAUCCGGGUUGGUCGUGACACGGAACGAGAGGGCAAAGGUUACUUUGAAGACCGUAGGCCAGCUUCAAACAUGGACCCCUAUGUUGUUACAUCCAUGAUUGCCGAGACUACCAUACUUUGGAAGUCUUAAUCAACCUAUGGGCCUCAUGAACAGAAUGUUAGCGGUGCAUUGGAGAGAUUCCUAAAUGUUUGUGGAGAAGAUUCUCAUUCAAACUUAUCUUUUUGGCUUUGAAUUUUGGCCAUUUCUCCUAGUAGGAACUGUGUAAUAUUAGAAGUUAGAAUCUAGGGUGCAUGUUCAGAGUACAGUUUGUGAUUAGAUCUGCGUUCAGAACACGGUUUGUGAUUAGAUCUGUGUUCACAGUGGUGAAGUCUUGGUUCACAUGUAUGAGCUGAGAACCGCUUGCAAUAAUUUGAUGAUUUUCCAUGCUGUCAAAUGGGAUAGAAUAAAAUUGCCGUCAGGUUGUCACUCCAGUUAUCACUCCAGCCAAGUAUUCAUUCAGUUCAUUCUCUCAAAUGCAGCCUAAUAAUUUUAUAAGGGUAUAUGAAAUUUUAUUAUAGCUUAAGUGUUU